CCAAAGCAACACUUCUCACUGUAAGAUGUGGAGAAAAGGAAGCAAUCGAGGCUCAAUGGCUUCCCUCAUUACCACUCUUCUAGUGGUGGUGUUUUCUCUUAGCUUGCCACUCGAGACCACUGCAAACAACUACUACUACACCUCUCCUCCACCACCCAAUAAAUCUCCUCCUCCACCCUCUCCUCCUUACCACUACCAAUCCCCACCACCACCGAAGGCUCCAUACGAGUACAAGUCACCCCCACCACCAACCCCGGUUUACAAAUAUAAAUCACCACCGCCUCCACCAACCCCAGCGUACAAGUAUAAGUCUCCACCUCCACCACCCAAGAAGCCCUACGAGUACAAGUCUCCACCACCACCACCAACCCCAGUGUACAAAUACAAGUCUCCUCCUCCACCACCAAAGGAGCAUUACAAGUACAAGUCUCCACCUCCACCCCCAAAGGAGCAUUACCAGUACAAGUCUCCACCACCCCCUCCUACUCCAAUCUACAAGUACAAAUCUCCUCCACCACCUAAGGAGCACUAUGAACCACCCACUGAGCACCACAAAUCUCCCCCACCACCCAAGGCACCCUACAAGUACACAUCUCCCCCACCACCUACUCCAGUGUACAAAUACAAGGAACACUACCAACCACCUCAUGAGCACCACCCUCCUCCUACUCCAGUGUACAAAUACAAGUCUCCUCCACCACCACCAAAGGAACACUACCAGCCACCCCAUGGCCACCACUCUCAACCAGAGCACAAGUACCCACCACCAUCACCACCUAAGGCACCCUACAAGCCUCCCACUCCAGUCUACAUCUACAAGUCGCCGCCGCCACCACCACCAGUCUACCAUUACACUUCACCUCCUCCUCCUCACUAUUACUAAGAAAGGCUUAGAGAGGCAAAAUGGAAAGAGGUUUAUUAGGAUGGUGAAAUAAAAAGGAGGGUUCCUGAUCUUCAUCGUAAGAGAAGGAAAUCAAAUUUAAUCUCCUCGUGUGAUUCUUGUUUUUGAGAUAGACUAGUAAUAAUCAUGGAAAAGGGCCAGCUUGGAAAGGGAAGAAAGGGUGAAGAGAAAAAGAAUUUUAAUUAUUUUCAUGUAAUAGUACAAUUAAUAUAAUAAUAUUAAUGGUAAACAUUUUAUGCA